GACCAGCAAGUUACCAUCUCGACCCGACAUGGCGUGACCGCUGGCAGAGCACUCGCGUUUCCCCCACUCUUGGCUGGUCCUCGCCCCGAAAGCCUCUAAGACUGCGGAGGGGAGGAAAAAGAACGGAGCACCGCACGGGGAUUCAGGCAAGAGCUCGCAAGGAACCACUUCCGGCCGACCCUGAGUCGAGGAAGCCAACGAGAUCGGAAAGCGCCGCUAAGGAGAGCAUAGAGUCAGAAAAAAAGACGACCAGAACUACGCACAGCCUGAACUUCCGUUAAUAAAUAAAUAAAUUCGAAGCCAAUAACGGCCACUAUGGGAGCAGAGUGGCGUUGCUCUAGGCCUUGACAUCUCUGUGGUAAAAACGCUUUGCGUUAGGAAAAAGGGAAGAAGAACCACAAAGAUAAGAAAAUACCAGAGUGACCAAUCUCAUUGUCUUAAUAGAAAACUUCAGGGGUCAUAUUAGAAGCUAUAUUUGGUCUCUCCGGCGCAGAACUGAGCCUUGCCCCUAUAAGUCAAUGGAGAAGAAUGAUUUUUUUUCACUUAGAAAACUGUUUGAGCAAGAAAGGCAUGACAGCAACGUCUCGGUUCUUAUUUCGGGUGAAAUAAUUGAUUUUUAAUAAGUUUUUGCUCUUCUAUGGUAAUAUGGCCUGUGACAGCGCUAAGUUGCUACCGGAAGUAACUCUUGCCUUUUUCUAUCUCUCCAAGUGUUACGCUCAUUCAAUUUUAGACCGGAAAUAUGAUUUUUAAAGUACGACAAACAUAAAGACUAAAUCUAGAGUCACAUCGUACACCUUAUUUACAUUUCCGGACUUGGAUGCUUGGUUUUCUACUCUGGAUGCUUGGUUUUCUACUCUCGAUAACCAACGAAAAGCAUAAGAGAUUUUCAGUACAUUGAACCCGGGGCUUACAACAACCCAUUCUGCACUCAUAGAGAAUCACAGCCGAUGGCGACUUCCAAUUUUUGACUGACUGUAUGUCUCUGGAACUUAUUUUCAGUCUCUAGGGACGCGGUUGCCUAAAUCUAUGGUCCAUACAGAUGCCCCAUGGUUUCUGCCCGGACUUUGGCGCCGCUUCCGGCAUUUUCCAUAAUGGCUGGAGUUUGCAUUCAGCUUCAAUGAGGUGUCAUGGUACUUUUGCUCUCCAGGUACCACAACAUGCAACAUUACCACUUGUUAGCUUUGAGGAGCCACAGCAUACGCUUGCAUAUGGUGAGGACAUUCUGUUCUCCAGCUCCCAAGAGCCCCGAGGCAAACACAACAGUGGAAAUGGCCACAAAUCUUCUUCACCGUCUGUCAGAAGCUGGGAAGGUUGUGGGGAGAAACUCCCUUCAGAGAAUCUCUGCAGUUGCCAGAAGCUGGUGGGACAAAUAUGAGGAAUUUGUUGGACUCAAUGAAGUCCGAGAGGCUCAAGGAAAUGUGACUGAGGCUGAGAAACAGUUUAUGGUGGCCCGAGGGAUCGUACGAGAAGCUCGUGAGAGCUGGGAGGCCCAGCAGGCCAAACUGAAAGAAAUUCGGGACCGUUUAGACCGAGUCUCACGUGAUGACAUUCAGUACCUGGAACUGGCAACUUUGGAACACAAGUUACUGCAGGAAGAAAAGAGAUACCGAACCACAUACCUAACUGCCGAGGAGUCUGAACGGGAAACAUUCUCUCUCUUUUCUGCCGCUGUGAGGGAAAGCCAUGAGAAAGAGCGAACAAGAGCAGAGAAAACAAAGAAUUGGUCUAUUAUUGGCUCAGUGUUGGGGGCCAUUAUUGGGGUCCUCGGCUCCACUUAUGUAAACCGAGUUAGGCUGCAGGAGUUAAAAGCCUUAGUUCUUGAAGCACAAAAGGGACCAAUAAGCCUCCAGGAAGCCAUCAGGGAACAAGCCUCUACCCAUAACUCCCAACAGAGGGAUCUAAGUGACCUCAUUGUCAACCUGAGGAACAUCCUGCAAGCUGUGACUGUGACAUCACAGGAAGUGGAGGAGGAGGCUCUUUCUGCCAAAGGCAGCAUGAGCACAUCACUAAAAAUAGACCCUCUCUUAGUUUCUGUUAACGAACAGCUGGGCUACUCUAAACAAAUAAACUCAUUCCUUGGAAACUUGCAGCAGCAGCUUAGCAACCUGGAAAAAGGUUUGGAGAAAAUGGCCAUGGGGGUGCAGACCUUAAAAAGUACUCCUCAUCCCAUACCUGGGGAAAAAGAAUUGCUUAGGCCUUUGGUGGAGGGGAACAGCCAGGGCUUUGAGGUACAGGACGUAGUUCUAGAUCUGUGCAAUACAGAAAGGAGGUUGGAAGCACAAAUGAAGAGGAACUCAAUCUACAGCACGGCCAUCACAUGUACUGUAUUUGCGAUUACGCUUCCUCUCCUCUAUGUGCUGCUCAAGGGAAAUUAGCCUACCACUGAGUGAAAAAUAAUGUGUUAGAGUAAUAAAAUGGCACCCCCUGAGCA